UACUUCAUUAAAUAUCUGAUUCAUAAGUUUUUUGACGUGAUGGACAAUUGUUGCGCACCACAGUGGGCAGAUUUUACACGCAGCCCGCAAAUUUUUUCCGACGAUUAUUUCGAGAUAGAACACGAAGUGCAUAAACCCCAAAUGUAUUUUAAAUAUUCAUCCAAUUUAUCCUCGUGCAAUCAAGAAAAUAGAAACGAACAAUCUGUCAAUGAAACAAAAUUUGAUGACAGUUUAGAAUCAGGGACCUCUGUAUGUUCUAGCGUAGUGUAUUUUAUACCUCAUGACAAUAAAAAUCAUGCUGUGGUGCAAAUUACGAACAAUGAACCUCGCAAAGAGUUAAAGCUAGAUGAGAAGUCCAGUAAGAUUCAUGAAACAUGGAGCGUAUCAAUAACAGAGCUAACGUCUGCUUUUAAGGUAACGCCAACAGAAAGAAAAGUUAAAAGGAUAAUACCCAAGAAGAGUAGAAAAGAUAUGUCAGAGGCAAUGUCCUCAUUGAGAGAUACUUUUGUCAAUGAUGUGAAGAAAACAAACAAUCCACAAACUAUAUUUGUGAAGAAUAAACAUGAAUCAACAGUGAAAUCAAAAGUCGAUGUUUGUUCAAAAGAUAAUCCUUCAGAUCGAAGAUUAUCAUACAAAAUUGUAAGAGUUCCAAAAACACAACACAAUGCACUUAAUACAAAACAAUACCCAGUUAGUAAACCAAAGGUACUUACUUGUCAGUAUCGCAGAACGAGCUUAAUAAAAAAACGUUCGAAUCAGUUUGUAAGUUUAGCAGAAGCAAUUUCCAAGUUCCAAACUGAAACGCCUGAAAGAUUUCGUACUCUUAAUAACAGAACUAUGAAACCUGGUCCAUUAAUGAAGUUAAAACAAUCACCACUGAAGCUCACUUAUCCAGUUUCUCCUGCACUGAGGUGCAAACAGAGAAUAAGAACAGCUAAUGCUUUGAAUCAGCAAGAGAGGGAGAAAUUGGAGCUUGAAAAUAUGAAGAAACGUCAAAUUAAAGCGAAUCCCGUACCAGUUAAUAUAUUAAAGGGCCCGACAUUAUUAAAAAAAGUGCCUAAAAAACCAGCUACAAUUACGGAAGAGUUUCAUUUAACUCAAUCUAAAAAAAUACAUCACACAACAAAUCCAUCUGUAAACAUACGACAGAAUAUGAAUGCUAAGGAACAUCAAAAAACUGUAUCUACUAGUUCUUCAAGUGUUUCUUGUAAAAAGGCAAAUAGUUUUGAAUCUGAGGUAAAGGCUGCUGUGAGAGACGAAUUUGAAUUUCGCAAUAAGGAGUUUCAAUUGAAGAAACAAGAAAAACUGAGAAAUUUAUGUGUUCAGGAAAGUGAUAAAAUUAAGACGCAGUUCCAUGCGAGACCUGCUCCAAAAUUUUCAAAGUCAACAAGUGCAGUUAAAGACCAGAAACAGAAAAGAAAUGUUAUUACACAUUCAUCUAGUUUAGAAGAAAGAAACAGAUUUGUUGCUAAAAAGAACGAAAACUGUCCUGGACCUGUUAAACAAUUUGAAAGGCUGGGAACUACUAAAAUACUCAAUACCAAUUCUAUUCCAUGUUUUAUUCGUGGUUCAGAGAAAGAAAAUAUACGAAACAAAGGAUAUAGUUCCAAGGCACUUGAAACAAGACAAACAAAAAGUUUCAGUGACGGAGAGAAUAAACAGUCUCGUAUUAUAAACAAUACUAUAGCAUGUUUAAGCACAAAGAAGAAACAGACAGUAAACCAGCAAACUGUGAAUCGCCGUGAUAAACUUCAAAAUGAAAUUUGUAUGCCUUUCAUAGAUAUUAAGAAUAAAAAAUUAAAUGAUGCCCAGAAUAAGGUUGAUAAGCUUAAAGUGAAUAUGAAAAAAAAAGUUCAAGAGAGAAACGAAUUCGAUGACAUGAUAAAGAAAAGGGAGCAAGAAUUCAAAGCAAAGAAAUUACAGGAAGAGAAAUGCAGAUUGUUAGAACAAAAAAUGGAAAAAUUGAAGUUGCGCAAAAUGACAGAAGUGAAAGCUAAACCAAUGCCAAUUUAUAAACCUAUGGUUAUUGCAAAAUCAACCAAGCCUGUAACCAAUCCACAAAGUCCUGCACUGGGAAUCAGAAACAAAGCAAAGAGCGUUUGUCAAUUUUAAUCAACAUACAAAAUACAAGUUAAUUAUAUAAUGACUAUAUGUAAGUAAUAUGAUAUAUGUUAGAUAACAUUUCUUUUCUAUGUAAAAAAUAUUCAACUUUUACUAUAAGUAUCAUAAUAAAGUAAUUUUUUAAC